GGCACCUGGAGGUGAGCAGCGCAUCCAUGGCGGAGGAUCUGUGCCGGAAGAGCGCCAUCAUUGAGAGCUACGUGAGGGACAGCCGGCUGGAGGCUGCAGGACCCCCCGUUGCCCCCCGGCGUGGAACGGGGCCGGGGGAGGAGGGGCUGCGGGAGAUGAACAAAAAACUGCAGAACCUCCUGGAGGAGCAGCUGACCAAAAACCUGCACAUGAGCCAGGACCUGGAAAUGCUCUCCCAGGAGUUGGCGCGGCUCCGCAAUGAGAGAGCUCCACCCUGAGUGACGGCCAGGCCCCCCAAUGGGCGGGGUCAGCCGAGGCCCCGCCCGCUCCCCGCUGCUGUACAAAGUUCUGCUGCUCGGGCCCACCGCGGUGAUGUGGCCGCUUUAAGGGGGCGUUGCCGUUUUGAGGGGGCGGAGCAUGCGACCCCCGUGCCCUUCCCCCGCCUCAAUAAAGUGCUCCAAUCCGUU